AUGCCCGCCCUGCUUUCACCCCAAAUAGAACAACUGUAUGAACAUUUUAAAUCGGUUAAUAUUAAGUUAAAAGAUAAAUUCUCAUUAGCACGAUACGUAGGGAAACAGUUAAAAUUAGGUGUGAGAAACAAGGAAGAUUACUUUGAACUAUGUCAGCAACGUGCAUGGCCAUUAGUAAUUCAAGGUAAACAAAUUAAGGUCACAAUUCCAAAAGUCAUUCCAGAACAUUUUACCUUAGUAGUACGUUAUAUCCCUAAUCAGAUCAAUAUCGAACAAGUUAAAGACAAAGUUAAAAAGUCUGCUCAAUCGGCAGAUAAUUUUAGAAAAAUUGUCUACCACUAUGAACGAUCCACGACUGACUAUCGAUUUACUGUUAGUGAUAUACAUGAAUAUAAUGGACUGUUAACAUUAGAACGUAUAGGUGUUUUUAAUCUAAUACGGCCGGUAACACAAUACCUUCCAUCGAAUAAACUGACAUAUUGUACGCGUUGUUGGGAACUCGGUCAUAUGAAACUUCAAUGUCAACAUCAACGUCCUAAAUGUAAAGUAUGCCUAGAAGAGUAUAGUCCCUUUCAGUUUCUUUCGGUUUUAAUUAACGAAGUUGACAGAGUAUGGAAUAACUUACAACUAGGGCACAUUAGGUACGCACCGAUUUUGGUUUCAUAUCGAAAAACCGACGUUUGGUUUAAACCAACACCGAAAAAACCGGACAUUGUCGCAUUCAAGAAAUAUGCAUAG